AUGCAAGAUCUGCCUACAAUUCGCCAUCCACAUCAAAUAUGGAUUCUGUACAACAUGGAACCGCCCUGGCUGAUAAAAACGCAAGCAAAGUCACCACUCCAUCUUUUAAAUAAUAUUUUCAACUGGACUAUGAGUUAUAAAAGGAAUUCUGAUAUCAUUGCUAAAUACGGAUUUACUAUGCCAUCUAGUGAUGUUGCACCGUUCAGCUACAGUACUAUUUUUAAAAGAAAGCCUAAGAAUGUAGUGUGGUUUGUCAGUGAUUGCUCAACUGAUAGCAAACGUGAAGACUAUGUAAGUGAAUUGAAGAAAUAUAUAGAUAUCGAUGUGUAUGGAAAAUGCGGAGAUCUUGAAUGUUACCCAUCUCAAUCGUCCAUCUGCUAUGAAGAAGUUUUGAAACAAUAUAAAUUCUAUUUGUCGCUUGAAAACGCCAUUUGCAAAGAUUACGUGACUGAAAAAUUCUUCAAUGUCUACAACUAUGACAUCGUUCCUGUUGUGUUAGGAGGAGUCAAUUAUUCGAGUUUGGCGCCAAAAGGUUCAUUCAUCAAUGCUCUUCAUUAUCCUCGGCCAAAAACAUUGGCCAAGACUUUGCUGAAAAUUGCACAAAAUGAAACAAUUUAUGAAGAAUUCUUGAGGAAAAAAGCUUCGUUCAAGGCUUAUUUGGAUCCAUGGAUGUGCAGGUUGUGCGAUAGACUUCAUUCUUCGUCAGAUGCAUCUGUAUUGGAAGAUGUGGAAAAGUGGUUCUAUGCAGAUGGUAACUGCAAAAGAUGGAACAGUACAAUUCAAACUUACACGAUCAUCGAACCUUUAAAUAAGUAA